AUGGAGGAGUCACGAGCUUCACCUGAUACUAAGAUGCUCACUGGUCACCAGGUUGACAUGAACGUCGACGCUCUCCAAUCUCGAGUCAACCCAACUCUUGAUGAAAUGAACAACGCGUUUGAGGAGUUCAGUCGUGUUGUGAAAGCUCGUCCUUCAUUUACGACGGCUGCACUUGUCGAAGGCAUCAGACAUGAACUCAUUCGUUUAGUCAAUGUAAUUACAAUGCAAAUGAACACUGGAAAUGUCAACGGUCUCAUGAAUCAACUUCAUGGCGCACAAAUCCUCACUAGAAACAUCGUUGCCGUCACCAGAAGAGUUCGUCAGGAGCAUGGAAUCCGUGGAUUCCAUGUCAAGAUGUAA